AUGAGAGAGAUAACUAGACUGAUCAGUGCCUGGAACUGUGACUCUGUGUAUUUGCAAGACAUAGCCCUGAAGUUAGUUAUGAUAAUGCCGGCACUCCUGCUACAGAAACCCAGUUUCAAAUCGAAGGCGAAGGAACAUACCAUCUGUCUGAAGAGACGUCUUCACCUUUGGGGGCUUGGGGAUUUUGACGCGCUUCUUCAUGAAUGCAGAACAAUUCAGUCGACGCUGUUAACGUCCAAGAAGACAAUGUCAGAGCUACAGUUAUCAAAGACAUUUGCAAGACUCAUGCUCCGUGGAAAGGUGAACGCAGUUCUUCGUCUGCUUGACCAUCAAUCUGCGGGAGGUGUACUACCUCUUUCAGACGUUAUCUACGAAGACCUGAGAAGGAAACAUCCAUCAGCAAAACCUGGAGACAGCCCUGUGAUGAUAGAAGGCGAGAUUCCUUUCAUUGACCCAGCACUUUUAGCUGUAAUGAAUACAAAUGGUGCCGCUGGUCCUUCGGGAUUAGAUGCCAUUGGCUGGAGACACAUCCUGGUGUCUCGGAACUAUGGUAACGCAUGA